UAAAUAUGUGUCUUUUUCUUAUCUUGUGAUCUCCAUAAAUACUCACAUUCCCAUGCUCUCUCUCUAGUUAGCACCUCCUUGGUGACACCACAACACAAUUAAGGAGAUUAUUGGGAGAGCCUGCAAUUAAGUGUUUCCAAAUAUGAUCAUGGGACACCAAAAACCUGCAUGGUUGGAAGCUCUUUAUGCAGAAAAGUUCUUUGUGGGGUGCUCUCACCAUGAGAAUGCAAAAAAGAAUGAGAAGAACAUAUGCUGCUUAGAUUGUUGUACUAGUAUUUGUCCCCACUGUUUGCCAUCUCAUCGCUUCCAUAGGCUUCUUCAGGUUCGCCGUUACGUUUAUCAUGAUGUUGUCAGAUUGGAAGAUCUUCACAAACUCAUAGAUUGCUCUAAUGUCCAGGCUUAUACCAUCAACAGUGCCAAGGUGGUGUUCAUCAAGAAGAGACCACAAAACCGACAAUUCAAGGGGUCAGGAAACUACUGCACUUCCUGUGAUAGAAGUCUCCAAGAACCUUUUAUCCAUUGCUCUCUAGGAUGCAAGGUGGAUUUUGUGGUGAAACACUACAAGGACCUCUCUCCCUAUUUGAGAACAUGCAAGUCCUUGCAGCUAAGUCCUGAUUUCCUGAUCCCACAAGAGAACAUGGGUGAUGAUGAGAUGAGUCGUUCAACCAUUGUGGACUGUGAUGAGCCAAUGAGCUCGUCCUCAGGCUCAGAAGCUUGCACAGAGAUUGUUAGAAAAAAGCGUAGUGGGUGGAAUGUGUGUGCAAGAUCAAUGACCAACAAGGUUUUGGUUCAUCAAGACAUGGCUACCAGCAUGAUCAGUAGAAGGAAAGGCAUCCCUCAUAGAUCUCCUUUGUGUUAAUUAGCAACAUCAAUAUAGGUGCAUGUAACCCUAACUAGGGGAAAACAAAACAUUACUAGUUUACUUUAAAAAAAAAAAAGUUAAUUUUUUAAUUAUUAAUAAUAGGAUAUGUUGACUGAAGUGGGAUAUUCAAAAUCAUCUCUCACACUCUCGAAAUUGAAGUUUUUUAGUUUUAAUUAAUCACUUGGUCG